UCGAUUGUAAGCAAAUCAGAGCUGUUGUGAACAAUGGCGACGUUUCGACUAAAGUGACAUCCUGCUGGGCAAAUGUGUUUUUACACUUUAACGAUAACAUUCUUUUCUAGAUAUUAGUUACGGUCUUUAGGUAUUAGCGUUAAAGAUACUGCGGUUCACGAUGGCAUUAAACGCUAACGCACUGUCCAGUGACAUAAGUCGUAGAAAUCCGCAGGACGAGUAUGAGCUCAUUCAACGAAUAGGCAGUGGAACUUAUGGAGAUGUUUACAAGGCUAAAAGAUUAUCGAUGAACGAUCUUGCCGCCAUCAAGGUUAUCAAAUUGGAGCCAGGUGAUGAUUUUGCUAUCAUACAGCAAGAAAUCUUAAUGAUGAAAGAUUGUAGACAUCCCAAUAUCAUAGCAUAUUAUGGCAGCUACUUGAGAAGGGACAAAUUAUGGAUAUGUAUGGAAUAUUGUGGGGGUGGAUCAUUACAAGAUAUUUAUCACAUAACUGGACCAUUAUCAGAAAUACAGAUAGCGUAUAUGUGCAGAGAGACUCUUAUGGGAUUAGCUUAUUUACAUAGUAUGGGAAAAAUGCAUCGUGAUAUAAAGGGUGCCAAUAUAUUAUUAACUGAGGCAGGUGAUGUGAAAUUAGCUGAUUUUGGAGUGUCCGCUCAAAUUACUGCAACAAUAAAUAAAAGGAAAAGUUUUAUAGGUACUCCUUAUUGGAUGGCACCUGAGGUCGCAGCAGUAGAAAGAAAGGGUGGGUACAAUCAAUUGUGUGAUAUUUGGGCUUGUGGUAUAACGGCGAUAGAAUUAGCAGAAUUGCAACCUCCUAUGUUUGAUUUACAUCCAAUGAGAGCUUUAUUCUUAAUGUCCAAAUCUGGUUUUAAACCUCCAACAUUAAAAGACCGUGACAAAUGGAGUCCAACGUUUCAUAAUUUCGUCAAAGUUGCUUUAACUAAAAAUCCUAAAAAGAGGCCAACGGCAGAAAAAUUAUUGCAGCAUGCAUUUUUUCAAGGAGAAAUGAAUAAACGAUUGGCUUUGGAAUUAUUGCAGAAGGUAUCAAAUCCUAGUCAUAUGUUCACCGAUUUAGAAGCUGAUGAAGAUGGAGCAGUACCUAAUGUACCACAAAGAAUUGCUUCAAGGCAUACAGCAAGACCUAGGCCAAAAAGCCCCAUAUCGCAAUUAGAUAGUGACGAUUUAAUUAACCUCGAUGGUAGUACAUUACAAAGAGAUUCUAUAACUCCUUCGGUAGAUACUAAUCCAGCGUGGGAUAUUAUGGAUAUAAUGAAUAAUGUGAAGGCGGUACAUAAUUGUGAUGUUCAUCCUGACUGUGGAAUUGGCACUGCAUUUGAAGAUGUACAAGAAAAUUUUUCACAUACAUCCACUAAUCUUCAUGAUACACUUGGCGCAAAUGUUACUGAAGGUAACAGACGAUCACGCCGAAGCAAAACUGGCACAGAGAUAUUUCAUAUGAGUUUAAGGAGUCUAUUGCAGUACAUUGAUGAGGAGUUGUUGCUAAGGGGAAAUGCAAUGUCGAUGGUUGGUGGGCAUUGCGAUCAGCUAUACUCCCUGCAGGCAACACUUCCGCUUGGAGAAUCUUCAAACGAGUGCGAGGUACAUUGUGGAUACUACAAUAAUGUAUCUGGGUCUCAAGCAAGUCCUAGACGUCACAGUUCUGUAGACGAGUUAUAUGGCUUGGUAAACAGUUCUCAUUCCUUAACAGCUGUGAAUGGGCAACGUCAAAGGUCACUUUCAGAUAGUGGUCCUAGAGAUGAAUCUCUACAAUCUAAUGGAGAUAAUGAAAUAUCAGGAGAUGGGGAAAGGGAAAGUAUUAGUCCGGAUCUUUUAUCGGAUACACCACCUGUACCACCAAGAAGAAGGGAUAGAAAAAGGCAUACACCUCCAAGACCUAUAAGUAAUGGCUUGCCACCAACUCCGAAGGUUCAUAUGGGAGCAUGUUUUUCAAAGGUAUUUAAUGGUUGCCCUUUGAGAAUACAUUGUACAGCUAGUUGGAUACAUCCUGAUACAAGAGAUCAACAUUUACUUAUUGCUGCAGAGGAAGGAAUUUAUAAUUUAAACUUAAAUGAACUCCAUGAAACUGCAAUAGAUCAAUUGUAUCCUAGACGUACAAUUUGGAUGUAUGUUAUCAAGGAUGUCCUUAUGUCCUUGUCCGGAAAAACACCUCAAUUAUAUAGACAUGAUUUAUUAGCAAUGCAGAGCAAACAGACUCAUAGGUUCUCAUUGCAUAUGAACAAAAUACCCGAGAGAUUAGUACCUAGAAAAUUUGCACUUACUACAAAAGUACCAGAUACUAAAGGUUGCACUAAGUGUUGCGUCGGAAGAAAUCCAUAUAAUGGAUAUAAGUACCUUUGUGGGGCAAUGCCAGCAGGAAUAUUUUUAAUGCAGUGGUAUGAUCCUUUAAACAAAUUUAUGCUUUUAAAGCACUUUGAUUGUGCUCUCCCAUCACCUUUAAAUAUAUUUGAAAUGAUUAUUACACCUGAAAUGGAAUAUCCAAUGGUGUGUGUAUCAGUCAAACAACCAUAUCAACAAAAUAAAUUAAAAUUGGAUUUAAUUAAUAUGAAUUCUGGAGCAAGCUGGUUCCAUAGCGAUGAGCUAGAGGAUAUGGAUGGUUCAGCAACUGUGAUACCGAGAAGAGAAAAUCUUCAUGUCAUUAAUGUGACACAACUUGAAAAGGAUGCAAUACUUGUGUGUUAUGAAAAUGUAGUUAAGGUGGUUACGUUACAAGGAAAACUCAGGGUAAGCAAGAAGCAGAUGUCGGAACUGCAUUUCAAUUUUCAGAUAGAAUCAAUUAUUUGUUUACCAGAUAGCGUAUUGGCAUUCCAUAAACAUGGUAUGCAAGGUAGAAGUUUUAAGAAUGGUGAAGUUACACAGGAAAUUAGUGAUCCAAGCAGAACAUAUAGGUUACUUGGUUCGGAUAAGGUUGUAAUGUUGGAAAGUCAUUUGGUUCACACAGGCACAUUGACAGAGACUGAAGGAGCAGAUUUAUAUAUACUUGCUGGGCAUGAAGCCAGUUAUUGAGCAUCCUCUCUUUCAUCUUAUUAUGUAAAUAAAUAAGCCUAUCAUGCCGCAAGUGAAUUGUGAUUCACUGUUGAUUACAUACAAAUGCAAUGAUUUUACUGAAAAGAAUGUUGGAAAUUGGUAAGAGAAAAUGAUUACUAUUAGUUUUCCUGAUUACGAGUCACAAAAGACGUGACGUGAUAUAUUAAGGAGAUGUGUACACCAAUGAACAUAAUUUACUCAAUACUAUCUUGAAUAUAGUUGAUGUUAUGUAGACUAGUACACUGGCCAAAACAGUUUCUAAAAUUAGGUAUUUCUUUCAAUAAACGUGGACAAUGUCGUCGUAGUUGAACGAGAUACCAAAUUAGUUUAAAGCAUGUCGCAAUUAAAAGUAAAAACGGAAAAAAAGAAAAAAAAAAAAAACAAAAAAAGUAUAUCCAAAUGUGCCCUUUUGCCUGACAAAACAAAGCUUAUAUUAUUUAAAUGCUUUUCUUUCUUUCUUUAUUUCUUUCUUUCUUUAUUUCUUUCUUUCUUUCUUUCUUUUUUUUUUUUCUUAAAUUGCGUAUUUUUUUCACAAUAUAGAACGCAAUUGACUCAUAUAUAUAUAUAUAUAUAUAUAUUCCUUUUUUUAAUUUUCUGUAUAUUUCUUUUUCUUUUAGCAUGUAACUAACAGAAUUCGUAUUUAUUUAUUUAGAAUAAGUAUAAAUAUAGUGAUGAAAAACAAGUGUUAGCUUAUAUUUUUCAAAAAAAGAAUGAUACUUUCUUUCUAAGAUUAUGAGAAUUAUAUGCAAUGUCUACUUACAGCAAGCUUGCCAUAUUAUACAUAAUAUUCUUUAACGUCUGUAAAUUUCGUCUAAUACUUAUUCGAUGUAGUUACAAUAGCACGUGUAUAUAUACGCAUAUAUAUAUACAUAUAUAUAUAUAUAUGUAUAUAUAUUACAUAAUUUAACUAAUUAUAGAGAGAAGAAAAUACAACGAUUUAGAUACGAAAUAUUAAGCGAAUAAAUGGUAUAGUUCAUCAAUUCUAAAAAAAAAAAAGAAAAAAAAGUAAUACAGCAUAUAUAUGUAUAUUUUUCUGGCAGGAACUAUAUAAUGUUAUUUUCAAUAACACAAUAAUUAUAUAACGUUAAAGUAACAUUGAAAUAACCAUUAGUACAAACCUCUUUUAUUAAAGUUUUAUUAUUAUAAAUCGAAUAAUAUAGAAUGUAUACUCCCCCGGUAUAAGUUUUGGCUUGAUAGGCAUAGGGCUAUUUUGAAAAUGUCAAAUUUUAUUAAGACAUUGACAAGGAUCAGUGUCUCUAAUUUUUAAUAUUGAAAUACUAAUAAUAAUGCACAAUUUAUAUAAAAAAAAAAUUUGCUGUUGAUGAAAGUAAUCUGGAAUUAUUUUAUUAGCUUCAAAGAAUAUAUGUUCAGAUUAAUCCAAUUUAUAUAUUUAAGUUUAAGAGAAAUAUUCUGUUGAUAAUUAUGCGGGAUAUAUUAUCAACGGUUAUAAUUAAUAUUUGCGAAUAGCCUUAAACGCAAUGUGGUUUCAAAAAAAGUGAAGAUGAAAUCACAAUAUUGCUCAAUAUUAUUUAAUGAUUAAUAAAUGUUAGCCGAAUAUUACAUUAUAAUUAAAAAUCUAUGAACAUAAUUUAUUCCUUUUGAUCGUGGAUAUAAUUUUAUGUUCAUAAUUAUUAUAAUGUGAUAAUAAAGUAUCAUGCUUGAAAAUAUUUAGGGGGAAAAAGAAAAAAAAAAAAAAAAAAAAAGAAAAAAAAUGAAAUUUCUUGUAAAAUUGACUUAAACAUUCGGAGAAAUGAAGUUUUUCAUUUAUGGUAUAUUGUAUAGAGAGAAGAGACUAUGUCUCGUAAGGGGGAAGAGUGCUGGAUUGAAUAGAUUAUAAAAAGUAAAACAAUAUUUUUAUCAUUAAGCUGUCGCAUUAAUUAAAAUUUCUUUUUCCAAUCGGUUCAAGUUGAUUUGAUUUUAACAAACGCGAUUUUAUAUUUAGUCAACAAAUAAUACACAUUUUUAGAAUUUUUAGAGUCUGAGUCUAGUCCAUAUUCGAUUUAAUCUAAUUAAUAUACAUAAAACAUAUUAUAUUAUAUAAAUUAUAGUUUAGGAAUUGUCUUAUUGUCCUUUUUGCCUAUUAAAUUCCAUUUGUGUCCUUAUGUAUAAAGAGAAAAAAGACAAAAAAAGAAUAUAUAAGUAUAGAGGAAGCCGUGUGGAAGAAAAAAAAAAAAAAAACAAAAAAACAUGCAUCAACGAAACUUAAUUUUUAAACUAACUUAAUUUUUAGAUCACAUUUUAGAGACAGCUGAAUUGACUAGACUACAGUCUCUACAAAACGAAUAAGAGUGAUCAGCAUUUUUAAGGCAACUAGCACAAAGUGAUUAUGAAAACUUAACACACGUAACUAUUACAAUUAAGCUAAAUAUGUCAUCAAUUUUAAUUAAUUAUUACGAGUCAUUGAUAAUAAUUGUACAUUUUUUUCUUUCUUUCUUUCUUUCUUUCUUCCUUUUUUUUUUUUUUUUUUUUUUUUUUUUUUUUUUUUUUUUUUUUUUUUUUUUUUUUUUUUUUUUUUUUUUUUAACUCUCUAUAACGCCACAUAAUUCUGAAAGCCACGUGCACUCAUAAUACAUAUCUAUUUUAUUUCAACGUUACAAAAUAUUUUACUAAGUAUAAGUUAUACUUAGUACGUGUAAUAUAGUUAUAUUAUAAGUUUUACAUUAUAUAAAUAUUUUUUAUGAAUACAAAGUAAAAAAAGUAUGAAAGAAAAUAUAGAAUUAUAGAGAGUUAACUGUAUCAAAUAGCAGCAAUUAGUAAAUUCGUAUGAAUUAUUAUUUUGUUUGAGCAUAGUUUUUUUUAUUUCAAUUAAUUGGCAUAAUUCCAAGUCGAAAGAUUUAAGUAGAAGAUAAUAUAACGCUGAAGUCCGCGAAUAUAUUUAUACAUAUAUUAUUAUCGUAUUAGCAUCGAUUUGUUUCGCAUAUUUAUUUAUUUUUUCCGCAUUAUAUGAAAAAAAAAAAAAAUAAUAAUAAUAAUCGAAGGAUAAGAUAGAACAAACGUGGAGAAUUUUCUAUACACACACAUAUAUAUAUAUAUAUAUAUAAAUGAUCUUUCGUCAUCGAAGUCUAGCACUUUUCCACCUCUCCUUUUUUUUUCUCUAUUUUCCAAUUCAUAAUAUGGUGUAUGUGCAUUAAUAUUUAUUAGCUAUGAUAGAAGUCAGGCAUACGCAAUAAUGAAUUAAAAAUAAAGGAAAAAAUUACAGGAAAUAAAAAAAAAAAAGAAAAAAAAAAGAAAGAGAAAGAAAGAAAAAGAAACGGAGAACAAACAGAAAGAGAAUUGUGUAAAAAAAAGUAUUGUCGAACGAAACGAAGAAGAAAAAUUAUCUCUGAGAUGUUGAAAUAUUUCGGUAUUUUAUAUGAAAUUUUGCUCUGUACAUAGGAUAUAGACGACUGAAGAAAGUAUUAUAUAUUAUCAACAAAAUUUAUUAUUAUUAUUAUUAUUAUUAUUAUUAUUAUUAAUAAUAAUUAUAUCGUCAUUAUUAUUA